AAUCAUUCCCAGAGAGGGGAAAGUUGAAACGUUUCGAUUUUUUGCUAAAAAGAAACGCCAGAGAGAGAGAGAGAGAGAGAAAAGAGUGAGGACGCAAAUCGCAUGAGUGUGGGAAGAGGUGCCUCAUUCACCGUUACCACCACCAUCUCUCUUCUUCUUCUUCUUCUUCUUCUUCUUCUUCUUCUUCUUCUUCUUCCAUUCGUAUUGUAUUAUUCUUCACACUCGUAGCGGUAGCUCCUUCUCUCUUCUGUUUUGAUACUUUUGGAUCGGAAGAAGAAGGAUACGAACGAUGGAAGAGAGUAUCAUUUGCCAGUGGAACGUUAUCAGAUCUCUCUUGUCCAUUCUUCAAUGGUGGGCUUUCAAUGUCACCGUUAUCAUCGUUAACAAGUGGAUCUUCCAGAAAUUGGAUUUCAAGUUUCCACUAUCAGUAUCAUGUGUCCACUUUAUCUGCUCAGCCAUUGGAGCAUAUGUGGUAAUUCACGUGCUGAAGGUUAAGCCACUCAUAACUGUUGACCCUGAAGAUCGUUGGAGAAGAAUCUUUCCCAUGUCCUUUGUGUUCUGUAUUAACAUAGUGCUAGGGAAUGUGAGCCUACGAUACAUUCCAGUUUCUUUUAUGCAGACAAUAAAAUCGUUUACCCCUGCAACCACAGUUGUUUUGCAAUGGCUGGUGUGGAGGAAGUAUUUUGAAUGGCGUAUCUGGUGUUCUCUUAUACCCAUUGUUGGAGGGAUUCUUCUUACAUCUGUAACAGAGCUUAGUUUUAAUGCCUUUGGAUUUUGUGCUGCCUUGUUUGGCUGCUUGGCUACAUCUACAAAGACUAUCCUAGCAGAAUCUCUGCUGCACGGAUACAAGUUUGACAGCAUAAACACAGUUUAUUACAUGGCACCUUUCGCAACUAUGAUCUUGGCUCUUCCUGCUUUGUUACUUGAAGGCAAUGGCAUUAUUGACUGGCUAAGUACUCAUCCAAGUCCUUGGUCGGCCCUCAUUAUCAUUUUUAGUUCUGGGGUUUUGGCUUUCUGUCUUAACUUUUCAAUUUUCUACGUGAUUCACUCCACCACUGCUGUGACAUUCAAUGUUGCUGGAAACCUUAAGGUUGCGGUUGCUGUUCUUGUUUCAUGGCUGAUAUUCAGGAACCCGAUUUCAUAUUUGAAUGCUGUUGGAUGUGGUAUUACUCUUGUGGGAUGUACAUUCUAUGGCUAUGUGAGGCAGAUGCUAUCGCAACAGUCAUCAUCUGUUCCGGGAACUCCUCGGACGCCAAAGACCCCUCGGAGUAAGAUGGAGCUGCUUCCUCUUGUAAAUGAUAAAUUAGAUGAUAAGGUCUAAUUGGUAAUUGGCUUAGCCAACGAGUACCAGGUUUCUGCCAUUUGGUAGGCAGUAAUAGUAACAGUGAUAGAUACAAAAUUAUAUCAGUGACUUAUGGUUAUUUAUUCUGUUAGAUAAUUACCCACAAUUUCUAAUACAAGUCUUUUUUUUUGGUUCUGCCUUUGCUCCCCCCACCCACCAUCUUUGUGUCACUUCUCUAUUUUCUACCAUAGUUAUUUCGCCGUUAUUUAUUUUAUUACCUUGUAUUGUAUGCCACAGGCAAUUAUUCAUUAUUGUUAUUUGUUGGUUUUCCAAA